UCGACUAAAGAAAAAUAAACCAACAACAAACAACUCCAUGAUAAUAGUUGUACUUAUAGAUAUUAGAAUUGAAACACGUGCUUUAUAUACCCCUGUCUUUGAUGAUGAUAGUUUAAAUAAAGACUUCUCAGCAUUAGCUUUUUAAAAGACAAAAAAAUCGCUCUUACUAAUUGAACCAUCAGUCUCACUUUUUAAUGACCUAAACUUAUUUUUUCUUUUCGAGCAAAAAAACCCAAACAAAUACGUUACUGCAACUUUUGAUUAUGGUUUCUAUUGCUUUCAGCUGGACAUCUGCCCCAUUCUAUUUUUCAACAUUGAUAUUUCAUGCUGCGGUCGUCUUUUAUAACUGGCUACGUUUUUUAUGCUGACACCGUAAAGCCGAGUGCUGCGCAGCGUUGUUGCGGUCGGAACUACACAACUAGUGGCACUACACACAUGAGUGACACAGUGCGAGUGUGUACACGCGCGUGCUCUCAGUAAUCGCAGCUGAUUGCAUUCUGAAAGUAGGCUUGUGGUGGACAGUGAGAGACUGCAGGCUGCACCCAUCACGUUUGAGGGGCAAAUUUUUUGUCACGUUUCUCAGAUUUUAUUAUUAACGGACACGUCUCAAAGCCCGCACUGAGCUUGACGGACUUCUACUUCUCUGAAUGAGGCAGGCCUAGGCCAAAGAAGUCAAAGUCUAAAGUUUUAACGAAAGUAUAAGUUUGAGACACUUUCAGCUGGGUGACUCAGUUCUCUGCACUGCAGUCACUGCUCAAGUCUAGUAGAUCCACUGCACUCAUGAAACAAUUUUCAUAUUCAGAUAACAUUUAAGAUAUUUAGCGUUGCCUUAUAAGAGAUUAAUAACAACAAAACAAAAGUGAAAGCGUUAGCCUUGGAUGUUGGCUUCAUUGUGAAGUUGGAGAAAAAUGCCUUUGAAUCAUGAAUCUUUUGCUUUCAAGUACACUCUUUCUGCUACAGCUGCAGUUGUCGCUGAAUCUGUCACAUACCCUCUGGAUUUGACAAAGACACGCUUACAGAUCCAAGGGGAAGUGUCGAAGCAUGCAGAAGGGUCGUCUCACUCGCGUCCUCACAGAGGCAUGCUUGCCACAGCUGCUGGGAUUGCAAAGGAGGAAGGUGUGCGGAAAUUAUGGCAAGGAGUAACCCCGGCAUUGUACAGACACGUUGUUUACUCCGGUUGCAGAAUGAGUUUUUAUGAAAUAUUACGGGAGAGAGUCUUCAAAAAGAACCCUGAUGGAACCUUUCCUCUAUGGAAAGCAUCGCUCUCAGGUCUUCUUGCUGGUGCUGCGGGUCAGUUUAUUUCUAGCCCAACGGACCUGGUCAAAGUUCGAAUGCAAAUGGAAGGAAAACGACGUCUGGAGGGUAAACCUGUCAGAGUAAAAAACACGGGUCAUGCUUUCCGUCAGAUUGUGAUGGAGGGAGGGGUGCGUGGUCUGUGGAGUGGAUGGGUCCCCAAUGUACAGAGAGCUGCUCUUGUCAACCUGGGAGAUUUAGCAACGUAUGAUACAGCAAAGCACUUGAUCCUUUCAAAGACUACAUUGACAGAUAACUACAUUACCCAUACUUUAGCAAGUGCCUGCUCUGGUUUGGUGGCAGCUUUGAUGGGAACCCCAGCAGAUGUUGUGAAGACCAGAAUAAUGAACCAGCCGACAAAAGACGGAAAGGGUCUCCUCUACUCAGGGUCCAUCGACUGCCUUGUGAAGACAGUCAGACAGGAGGGCUUCUUUGCCCUCUACAAAGGCUUGCUGCCUAUAUGGGCCCGCAUGGCUCCGUGGUCCCUUGUGUUCUGGCUGUCGUACGAAGAAGUGCGGAAACUGACGGGAACCUCUUCCUUCUAGACACCCACUCAAAGUGGAAUAGUGGAAUAUCAGCUACUGGAGUCUUUUUUCUCAUCGGAGUUUUUUUUUAAUGAAUUGUAGUAAAAAAUAUUGGUGUUAUUUGUUGAAAUUUAUAUAUACAAAUCUAUAUACAUAAUAUUUAUGUAUGCUUCGGUUGUUUUAAUCAGAAAUGGACACUUCACUUUUGUAAAUUGAUCUAACAUGUUAUGUAUGUAUGUGAGAAUUGCUUUAAUAUUCCGUAUUCACAGUAGAGUUUUUUUUUUUUUUCAAGUUUUGUGCUCGUAUUUAUACAUCAUGUGUUUGUUUUGUUUGUGUUCAUCUUCCCAGAUCCUGGUGAUUUGUUGAGAGACCUCGGAUUGUUGCGUUAUACAAAGCACUUCACUGGCAUCUAAGUUUGAAUCAAGUGUUUGUCAACUCAGGUUUAUUUAUAAGAUAUAUAUGUAGUACAGAAAAAUCCUGUUGUAUACUUAAUAGACUUAUCGGUUAUGCAGUUUAUUUUUUUAUUUUAUUUUAUUUUUUUUUGCUGGGUUUGCGGAAAAUUUGGUGACGAGGAGGGGAAGCAUUGAAAUAGGUGUCCCUUUUAUUUUAACUCUGAUUUUGCGGAUGUUUUUAAUUGGAAAUGAUACGAAAGGUGUAUAUGUUUAAUUUUCCAGCAUAAUUCCGAUUAAUUAUUUCUCCCAGAUGGCUCAUGACAGACUUUAAUAAUUGCACGUAUAUAUAUAAUAUAUAUCUCUGAUACACCCUC